ACUUCACUCAAGGAUAAUAUUUAAUACGACUACAAAGAAGAAAUAAUGUCACAAUCAACACAGUUUUGAGAUUAUGAUAUUGUUUCCUCUACAAUCAGAGUUACUACUGUUUACCGGAAUAUAUAUAGAUAUAUAACAGUAAUCAUAGUGUGCCAACAAUGGAGCUUCAUAUCAUCAUCAUCCCACUCAUCUUCUUACUCCUAACCAUCUUUCUUAAAAAACCCAAGUCUCAAGCCAAACAACCCCUCCCAGGCCCAUGGAAUCUCCCCGUCAUUGGUGGUCUGCACCAUCUCCUCGGACAACAACCCCCUCAUCAAACCAUUCACUGUCUCUCCGCCAUCCACGGCCCCAUCAUGUCCCUAAAGCUGGGUGAGAUUCGCGCCGUCGUCGUCUCCUCCUCUGUCGUUGCCAAAGAGAUAAUGAAGACCCAUGACACUAUCUUCGCCACCCGCCCCAUCAAUUCAUCAAUAAAUGCCAUCUGCUAUGGUGGUAAGGACAUUGCCUUCGCCCCCUACGGUGAUUUCUGGCGUCAGAUGCGUCGCCUUUGUCUCUUGGAGCUUUUCAGCGUGAAGCGUGUGCGCUCCUUUCGGCAUAUAAGAAAAGAUGAGAUCUCAAAUUUGAUCAAAUUUAUUGCGGCCUCUGCAGCAGAAGGGGCCACCGUCAACCUCAGUGGGUUGUUUUUGCAGCUCAGUAAUAGUAUCACAGCUAGGGCUUCUGUAGGCGGAAAGACAGCAGACCAGAAAUUGUUCCAGGCUGCUCUUGGCGAGGUUGUGGAGUUGAUUUCUGGCUUCUGUGUGGUCGAUCUCUUCCCGUCAAUGCCGUUCAUUAGUCACAUCACAGGCUUUCAACGCAAGUUGCAGCAGUGCCAGCUUAAGCUAGACCACAUAAACAAAGAAAUCAUAGAGGAGCACAGAAAGAAGCGGAAGAAGCAAUUGGUGGAAGAGGAGGACAUCACAGACGUUCUGCUCAGAAUCCAAGAGGACGGAAGCCUUCAGUUCCCCAUCACCGACGACCACAUCAAGGCUAUCAUCAACGAUUUGCUUGUGGGCGGAACAGAGACAACAGCCACAGCAAUAGAAUGGGCAAUGUCAGAGCUGAUUCGGAAUCCAAGCGUCAUGCGAAGGGCGCAGAGAGAGGUUAGGCACCAAUUUGGCCGCCCCAUGGCAACCCUAAUCGCCGAAGAAGAUGUAAUGAGUAGCGGCAGGCUUCCCUAUUUGCAUCUGGUGAUCAAGGAGACGCUGCGGAUGCACCCUCCGAUUCCAUUGCUGCUUCCGAGGGAGAAUCAGGAGAGUUGUGAGGUGAUGGGAUAUGAGAUUUCGGCCAAAACAACGGUGAUGGUGAACGCUUGGGCGAUCGGAAGAAGAGAUCCCGACAAUUGGGAUGAGCCGAAUGUAUUUCGUCCCGAGAGAUUUGAAGAGAGUGGCGUUGAUUUUAAGGGGGGGCAUAUGGAUUUCAUACCUUUCGGUGCCGGGAGGAGGAUUUGUCCAGGAAUGCAGUUUGGGUUGGCGACGAUUGAGAUGGCGCUUGCGCAUUUGCUUUACUAUUUUGAUUGGGAGCAUCUGGGAGAAGAAGGAGAGGGGCUCCUAGACAUGAGUGAAGCUUUCGGAAUUUCGGCGAAGAGGAAGUUCCCUCUCUGUUUACUGCCCAUCUGUCGCAAUCCUCUUCCUCCUGGUGCUGAUUUGUUCUAGUUAUGUGAAAAUAUUACAUGAGCACUCCUAAAGAGUUUAAUUGUGAUGUGUUAAGUGUCAAGUGAGUCUCACCAUAAUACACUGGUAUUGCUCAAUGUUAAAAACGGUGGGCUCACUUGACACGUGGCGCUUCACCAUUGGACUCUGAAUUUGAAAUCCUUAUGUAAUAGUUGCUUUUAUGUGAAAAUAUUACAACAGGAAUCGUUCGGAGUCCAACGAUGAUUUGCCACGUAUCAAGCGGGCCCCACGGCAGUAUACCGAUAUUGAUCAGUGUUAAAAAUGAUGGAGCCAAUUUGACACGUGACAUCUCAUAAUUAGACUCUAAAUGCAUUAGGAGUGAUGUAAUAUUUUCUUAUUAUAAGGUAUUAAAGUCUUUAGGAUGUCAAGAAGAAUGAAGCUUUAUUGAUGGAAUUUUUUAUG